CAUCAAGAGCAGACUGUCCGGCCUCGCUGCCUGGCAGCUACAGCCGAAAACCAACCUCUUCUCUGAUGGCGUUCGGGGACCCAAGAACGAUUUUCUUUGACGGCUCCGAUACUAAGCCGUGUAUAUUUGACAGGAAAAUGAAGUUCAUAUACGGCUCUCCUCGGUCUCAAGCAGCAUCCGAUGGAUUUGUCUCUCUUCUGUCGCUUCCCCAUAUCGGCCAGGCCGAUGCAGCACUUUCAUCUGAUGCGGCCUCAUUUUAUGGAUUCUGACAUGGACUAUGAAAGGCCAAAUGUCGAGACUAUCAAGUGUGUGGUGGUUGGGGACAACGCAGUUGGAAAGACCCGGCUCAUCUGUGCCCGGGCAUGCAACGCCACCCUCACACAGUAUCAGUUGCUUGCCACACAUGUGCCCACUGUCUGGGCAAUAGAUCAGUACAGAGUCUGUCAGGAGGUUCUAGAAAGGUCCAGGGAUGUGGUGGAUGAUGUUAGUGUGUCUUUACGUCUAUGGGACACCUUUGGCGACCAUCACAAGGACCGUCGCUUUGCGUAUGGCAGGUCUGAUGUGGUGGUAUUGUGUUUUUCCAUUGCAAACCCCAACUCACUUUACCACGUGAGGACCAUGUGGUACCCAGAGAUCAAGCAUUUCUGUCCCAGAGCUCCUGUUAUCCUUGUGGGCUGCCAACUAGACCUGCGAUAUGCUGACUUGGAGGCUGUGAACAGAGCUCGACGUCCACUGGCCAGACCCAUUAAAUCAAAUGAAAUACUGGCCCCAGAGAAAGGCCGUGAGGUGGCCAAGGAGCUAGGCGUUCCCUAUUACGAGACCAGCGUUGUUGCACAGUUUGGGGUUAAGGACGUUUUUGACAACGCUAUACGUGCAGCCCUCAUUUCCCGCCGUCAUCUGCAGUUCUGGAAGUCGCAUUUACGAAAUGUCCAAAGACCCCUCCUCCAAGCUCCCUUCCUUCCCCCCAAACCCCCACCACCCAUUAUCACGGUCCCUCCCCCUCCAAGUAACAUCGAAGAGCACCCUAGCCGGCUGUUAGAGGAUCCACUCUGUGCUGACAUCAUUUUAGUCCUCCAGGAACGUAAGAGGAUCUUCGCUCACCGCAUUUACCUCGCCACUGCUUCUUCUAAGUUCUACGACCUCUUCUUGACUGAACCUCGAGGCUCUGAGGAGAACGAGCGGGAACGGGAUAGGCCGAGAGGGCAAACCCUUUCUGGACGCGAUCUGUUUAUGCGUGCUGCUAGUUUUGACGUUUGUGAGAGUAGCGACGACGGAGAUAGAGUGAACUUGCGUGCCUGCACCAGUGAUGGAACUCUGAAGGGUGGAGAUGGUGAUCGCCGCGGUCGCCUGCUCCCCGCUUUGAGCCGUGCUUUCAUCAGCAUCCAAGAAGAAAUGGUAGACGACCCUGUCACCUUCAACUCCCGACGGAUGACUGUGGUGCACAUGGAUCCAUCAAUGCAGCCUGGUCCGUUUAGAUCGGUGUUACGAUACCUGUACACAGGUAAACUAGACGAGCACGAGAAGGAGUUGAUGCAGGUGGCCCACAUUGCAGAACUGCUGGAAGUGUUUGACCUGCGCAUGAUGGUGGCUAACAUCCUGAACGAUGAGGCCUUCAUGAAUCAGGAGAUUACCAAGGCCUUUCAUGUUAGACGCACCAAUCGGGUGAAAGAAUGCCUGGCCAAAGGGACCUUCUCUGAUGUGGUGUUCAGGUUGGACGAUGGCACUAUCAUGGCCCAUAAACCACUGCUCAUCUCAAGCUGCGAUUGGAUGGCAGCCAUGUUUGGUGGACCAUUUGUGGAAAGUUGUACAAAAGAGGUUCUGUUUCCUAACACUACACGUAGCUGUAAGCGUGCUGUGCUGGAGUAUCUCUAUACCGGCCGCUUCUGCUCUCGUUCAGAUCUAGAUGCCAUGGAGCUGAUUGUACUUGCAAACCGUCUCUGUCUGCCUCACCUGGUGGCACUGACAGAGCUGUACACUGUGACAGUAUUAACAGAGGCUGCUAUGAUGGGAGCUGAUAUUGAUGGAGAUGUUCUGCUCUACCUGGACAUGGCACAGUUCCACUGUGCUCAUCAGUUGACGGAUUGGUGCCUCCAUCACAUCUGCACAAACUACAACAGAGUCUGUCGCAAAUUCCCUCGUGACAUGAAAGCCAAAUCAACAGAAAAUCAAGAGUACUUUGAAAAGAAUCGCUGGCCUCCAGUGUGGUAUCUAAAAGAAGAAGAUCAUUAUCAGCGAGCUCGUAAGGAGCGUGAGAAGGAAGAUUGCUUGUACCAAAAGCGCCAGUGUAAACGCAAGUGGCUCUUUUGGAAUAUACCAUCUUCACCUUCCUCCAACUCUUCAUCUUCUCCUGGUUCCUCUGCAGUCAUCUGAUUGACUCUCAGUGUGCAGACCCAUCACAGUCUAUAAAGUGGGAUUUAUUAUAGGUUGACUUGGACAAACUCUACACGUUUCCGUUCCACAUUUUUUGUUGAGCGAAAUACCCAAGCCCUGCUUUCAGCUGCUGAGUAAGUCAAGCAAAAAUGCAACAGGACAAGCAAGCUAAAGCCACACCGGGCAGAUAGGAUUUGUAGCGUAGAAAACACUUUCAAACUUCCAUAGCGUGACAUGCUAAGUGCUUUUUAGCUCUAAAGAACAAUAUAGCAGGAACAUUUUAGAGCAACCAGCAAACAACUGAAAAACAUUAAUUCCUCAGUGUGGUUGCAAUCUACAAUCAAACCAAUUCUCCAGAGUGACGCUCACAAGAUUCCAAUGUUGGCAACUUGCAAACUACUGGUUACUUUAAUGAAUUAAAUUUACAAUGGGUAGUCUGAAAUAACCUAUGGGGGUGCGACACCAAUGAAUUUGAAGGCAUAAGAUCUAGAGGAAUGUUUCGGGAUCAAUAUAACUUAUUUCUGUUUUGUCUGCAACAUCUGGCAAAACUAUUGAAAAUAGUUCAUAGGUUAAAAUGCAAAACUGUUUUAUAAGUUAAUUAUUAUGUGCUUACAUCAUAUGUGCUCGAACGACAUAAAAGUAUAGGACUGUCAAAGUUUCACAUCAAACAGGAUGAUUUAGACGUAGACUAUAAGUGCUUUUAGCAGGCUUCCAUUUUUGCUUUUAGUCCCUUCUGAAUGCUGGCUCGUUUUCUGGAAGUGUUUUGUGGAAGGAGACCAAAUCAUUUUCUUUGGUGUUCGACAAAUGCUGUCGAAAGAGCUUAGGUCGCCCACAUCAUUCCUUUAAAUGAAAUGGCAGUGACCUAGAAUUGUGAACAUUUUCAAACUGCUUGUUUAUUCUGCACACCGUGGUCUGUUUUUGGUAACAAGGCAAUCGUUGUUCCAUCUUUCUGCAUUUAUUUUUCUCUCCUGUUUAUAUCUGUCAAGUUCGGAAAACGAAACAGACAUUCGAGUGAUUAUGGGUUAACAUACAAAAUCAGCAUUCACUCGUGUGAUGUUACAUAAUCGCGUAUGACAGGAUGAAGUUGAGAUUUAAAUCAAGAUCAAGAAAGUUGCAUUUUAUCUUCAUGACAGUUUCCUGGCAAAAACAACCUCUAAUAUUGUAAUCACAUUCUUCAAAACAGGAUCCCAGGUGAACAGUCACGCUGGGUCUCUUUACAGGGAAUAUAAACAGUGCCUCAACACUCCAGAGAUCUAAAUGUGUGGGUACUAGCUGCUAUCUUUACCAAAGUUAGCUCGCAAAUGCUUCAUAAGGGACAUUAUAUAAAAAUCUGCUGCUAACAAAAACAGCUGUAAGUUUGAAUGCUCCCAAAUAGCUUUCGGAUAAGUUUCACAGGCAGGCCUGUGACAAAGCUAUCCCAUGAUGCACCACAGCAUGUCCAUACAUGUGAGUAUUUAUUGUAGAUUGCUUUACCAGCUGUAUUUCAGAGUUUGAUUCCAACUUUUUAUAACAUUAAAAUAGCUACUAAUAACUUAGGAAAAUAAAGCAGUAUUACGCAUUGGGUAUUUUUAAAAAGGUGCAUUACCUUCCACACAAAGUUUACACCCCAGAGGAGAAAAAACUCCACAAGCAUGGUUCAUACCCUAGACUUAAACUCUUUUGCAAUCCGAAUGUGUAUGACCUAGUACACACUCACAGUGACUCGCACAUAGAAUGCCUUGUAAUUCAAAAUUAUAGUCGUUUUUUAUACCCUAAAGAAAAAUAUUCAGAUGAUCACACUUCUCUCUCUUAUAUAGUUAAUAAAUAGAGUUUAAAUACAGAUGGGCACUAAAAGAAUAAUUUGCUGCAUUAUCAGCCAGUAAACUAUCAAAGAAUGUCUGCUUUAGUAUCACAUUUAGAGCUGACCUGCAUGUAUUGGGCUGUUGUAGGAAUAUAGUUUUAUUUUAGAAACCUGUAUGUGUUCUACCAGGCCUUGAAUGUAAAUUUACAAAAAAGUAAGAAAAAGAAAUGCUAUGAUUUAAGUUUCUCCACUGUAACCCACUGGGGCAAGCUGAUCAGUAUAAUAAUAAAUAUAUUUUUGAAGACUUGUCAGUAUCAGAAGGCAUUUGAAACUACACUCAGGCACAUUUGCAUACUCUUGAUACUGUAUAAGAAUAGGUUUUAAAUUAAAAGUCUUUAUAUGUUGUCUCUAAAUGUAACAAGGUUUUUCUAAGAAACGCUUAUUGAACUCUGAAGAUUAUUAAACAUAACAUGCUAUUAUAGUAACAAAGAAAUGCAGGCUGUAUGAAUGUACAUUUGACACAGUUUUUGGUUCACAUGAUACAGAUUGUAGAAACUCUGUGGGAAAAUAAAUGAAAUAAUUUAUAAAUAAAAUGAAAGUUUAGAAGGGAGUUUAUCAGACUGUUGAGUUUCAGAUUGUUGCUGCAGAGAUGAUACCCCAUGCCUUAAUGUAAAGGACACAAUGAGUGGCAUUGUGUUGUUUUUCUGUGUUAUGUGUAAUUUAAACAUAUCCUCUGUCCCAGGUGUGAUAUAUAUUACUCGGAAGGUUACGUGUAAAAUCUUUUCAUGUGUAUUUGUUAAAGACCUUAUUGUUGUCUAUGCUGGAUUGUUAUGUUUUGUAUCGCUCACCUGUGGUUUUCUGUGAUGUUUCUCUGUCAUGUGAAUGUGUUUUACAUACAUUACCUGUCAUUGCUUAGAACAUGUACUUUGUGGAUUGCAUUGCUCAUUAAAUCAUUGUGGAAAACUGUGUAUAUUAUGGGGUCCAAAAAGUCUGAGCCAAUUGAAAGUCCAACUUUCAAAAUCAUAUUUAAAGCCGAAAACAGUUUAAGAACUGCAUCUUAUAUCAACCAACGUGUAAUUUCAUUUAAUAAUGUGCUGAUAUAUAUAUAUAUAUAUAUAUAAAAUUAUAAUUUAGAAAAAAUACCAAAAAACAGCAUUAUUGCUAGAGGUCACAGACUUUAGAACCCACAGUAUAUACAGAGGGGGAAGGAAUGAAACGGAGCAGAAAAAAGCGUGUAUUGGAAUUGUAAAUUAUUUGUUUUUAGCCAAGGUAAAUGUGUUCCCGAAUCUGUUCCUUGUUUGUCUGGGAACACCAUUCCUGUAACCCACCAAAUCAUAGGUUGAUAAGUAUGAUGUCUGAACCCCUAAUCCAGCAAAAAGCCUUACCAUAACAAUUCCACUAAACUUAAUUCUACAGUUUGAUUGGUUGAUAGAAUAUUGUUUUAAGAGCAACAAGGAUGUUGAUCCAGAAUCAUGUGCCACCUGGCAAAACCACUAGACAUGAGUGCACAAUACCUUUUAAAUCAUGACUGCCUGGAUAUGCUGUGCAAAAUAGCAAUGCUUUGGCUUAUAACUUAAUAGCAAAAAACUAAAGAUAAAAAACUAACAAAAAAGUAGUCUAUUCUAGCUAUUCGAUACACUGUGCCCUCUUGUAAUCAACCUCUAAGCAGUGUCAAACACUGAAGCAUGUCCUACAAUAUUUUACUUCGCUCUUGCAAGAUAAAUAAACAAAAAAAAUACCAAAAUGAAAUAGCCUACAUCCAAAAAUUAAGGGGUAAAGCAGAUCAAUUUGUUCAAAUAAUAAAAAUAUAUAUUUUCCUUUAGAUUCUAGAAGUCCAUGUUUAAUGAGCUCUAGGUCUUGCAAAGAAGCACAAACCAAACACAGCGUGCAGAGAUGUUUUGCUAAUAACGCAGAGCAAAGAAGUAAUCAAAUUGCUGAAAGCAAAAACUUGAAUGUUUUCUCAGUAUUAAAAGCUUGAUAUCUACAAUUUGUAAUUUAAACAAUUUUAAUUUCCACAAGUUGGUACUGGGAAGAGAUUUGUAUGUCCAGGACAUCUAAGCAUGUGUUCUUGAAAUGUGUAAAUAAUGUUUAAUAAAUACGAACUGGCAGUCA